AUGCCUCGAAAAUCUUCUAAAUCAGCUGCUGCCAAAAACAGAAAUGAUAAACAAAACCAAAAUUCAGAUACAGGUCAAUUUACAUUUACUACUAAAAGUGAUGAUGAAUACUUGCCCUCUUGUGGUGAAUAUUCUGAAGAUAGUUCAGAUGAUGAUUUUGUUGCUGAAAAAUUACAACAAUUAAGUGAAUCAAAAAAAUUAAUAUGGACUAAAGAAGCAGAUAUUAAAGGGAAAAAAUCCUAUACUGGAAAAUCUAGAGCAACCUAUUAUAAAAAAUAUGGCCCUUCAGGAAAAUACACUAAAGCUGCAAGUUUUUCACAACCAAUAACCCUUUUUUUUCCUACUGAAUCUAAAGAGAUUAAUCAAUUAGAUGAAGAAAAUACAAUGAGUGAAUUGGAUAAUUUGGAAGGAGAGAAUGACUCAGAACGUGAAAGUGAAUCAAGUGAAUCCAGUGAAUCUGAUGAAGGAAGUGAUUUUGAAGUUGAAAAUGAUAAUUCACUUGAACCUAAAUUAACUGAUCUUAAAAAUAUACUGUCAAGUGAUUUAAAGAAGAUAACUGCAUAUGAUUAUUUGAGAUAUAAAUCCUUGCAAUUAUUUUUUGAAG